CCGCUGUGUGCGAGAGUAAAUUCGCAAUCCGCGAAAUUUGUUUAUUUUGUUUGGAUGGAUUUCAUCGCUAAAUAGGAAAAAUUAAUAUUCAUGCUUAUAAAUUCAUCUGAAAAUAAAGACUCAAUUGAAAAAUGAAUAUAUCAAUACCUUACAAAAACAAACUGAUUGAAGCUGUGGUUGAUUGCACUGCCUCAAAAAAAGAAGCUGAUCUUAGAGGAAGACAUUGGGUUGUUCUUACUCAUGGUGCUGGUGGUGAUUUGAAAACACCUCAAUUAAGUGCGAUUGCCACGUUUCUAUUAAAUGAAGGAUUUGCUGUUUUGCGUUUCACUUGUAAAGGUCUCAACAUUAAAUACCGAAUAAAUGUAUUCUGCGAGGUGCUUGCUUAUUUAGAAAAAGAAUAUGAGCCAAAGAAAAUUUUCGUUGGUGGUAGAUCAAUGGGCGCAAGAGCAGCUGUCAUGUUGACAUCAGAAAAUAAGGCUUUCGAUUCUAACCCAGUUUUUAAAAAAAUUACAGGAAUUAUUUGUUUGUCAUACCCACUUCAUAAAGUGGGUAACUUGCAAGAUUUGAGAGAUGAACCACUAAAAAAAUCUAAAUUACCCAUUUUUUUCUUAAGUGGUACAAAAGACGAAAUGUGUGAAAGCAAUGUUCUAGAAAAAGUAUUGCGCAGUAUGAAAUCACCAUAUAAAAUUCACUGGCUUGAUGGAUGCACGCAUUCAGCAAAACCAGUUGAAAACUAUCAAGAACACAUGCAUUGUGCUGCUUUUAAGGAUAUUUCAGACUGGUGCUUGUCUCUUAUUUAAUAACAUGUAAAUUUUAGUUAAGAAAUGUUUUAUUUUUAUUUGCAAGUUUAUUUUCUUAUGUAUUAAAAUGCAUUUUUUUA